AGGGGCUGGGUGGUGUCUGGUCACUUAUGUAACCUGUGGGCAUAUAUAGGGGCACACGGCCCGUGGGACUCUGACCCACCUGCCAACUCUGCUCCCUCAAGAUGAAGGUGGCUGUGGGCCCAGACCCUUCACUGGUCUACCGGCCCGAUGUGGACCCAGAGGCAGCCAAAGACAAGGGCAGCUUCCGAAACUACACCUCUGGCCCGCUGCUGGACCGUGUCUUUGCCACCUACAAGCUUAUGCACACGCAGCAGACCGUGGACUUCGUCAGGAAGAAGCACACCCAGUUUGGGGGCUUCUCCUACAAGAAAAUGACUGUGCUGGAGGCUGUGGCCAUGCUGGACGGGCUGGUGGACGAGUCGGACCCAGACGUGGACUUCCCCAAUUCCUUCCAUGCCUUCCAGACUGCUGAGGGCAUCCGGAAAGCCCACCCUGACAAGGACUGGUUCCACCUCGUGGGGCUGCUGCAUGACCUGGGGAAGGUCCUGGUUCUGGCAGGGGAGCCCCAGUGGGCAGUUGUUGGAGACACCUUCCCAGUUGGCUGCCGUCCCCAGGCCUCUGUGGUUUUCUGUGACUCCACCUUCCAAGACAACCCCGACCUCCAGGAUCCUCGAUACAGCACAGAGUUCGGCAUGUACCAGCCCCACUGUGGGCUAGAGAACGUCCUCAUGUCCUGGGGCCAUGAUGAGUACAUGUACCAGAUGAUGAAGUUCAACAAAUUCUCUCUCCCACCGGAGGCCUUCUACAUGAUCCGAUUCCACUCCUUCUACCCUUGGCACACGGGUGGCGACUACCGGCAGCUGUGCAGUGAGCAGGACCUGGCCAUGCUUCCCUGGGUGCAGGAGUUCAACAAGUUUGACCUCUACACCAAGUGUCCAGAUCUGCCGGAUGUGGACGAGCUGCGGCCCUACUACCAGGGGCUCAUUGACAAGUACUGCCCUGGUGUGCUGAGCUGGUGACCGGCCUGCCCACCCUGCCCAGGCCUGGUCAGGUGCCCUGGGGUGACAGCCAAGGUUGGGGGGACUCCACGUGCACAUCUGCGGUCAACACUCCCUGUCCUGGUGGCCACUCUGCCCAGUGGCAAUAAAGACCUUGAAGCAGCUUA